GAAAAAACGAAAAAAGAAAACAAGAAGUGUAGUUGAAAAUAAACAUCAAAAUGGCGAGCACAAUGGCAAUGUUAAUGUUUAUAAGCUGCUGCUUCGGCUUGGCUUUUGCCAGAUUACCAGUGCCACUUAGCUUUAACACCGGCAGCAGCUCCGCCGACGGUCAGACCCCCGAGGCGGUGGAAAGGUGGUUCCGUGAUGUGGACCCGACUGCGACACCCAGGUUGACCAAGAUCCGGUUUUACUACCACGAGAACCGGGUCGCCGCCAACCCAACAACCGUGGAAAUUGCUCGGGCCAGUAGCACCGGCAAUUCCCCAACUAGUUUCGGGUCAACUAUGGUCAUCGACGACGCGUUGACCAUCAGUCCAGAUCCGGAUUCUGAACUCGUUGGUCGAGCACAAGGCAUUUACAGCUCCGCAAGUCAGGAGGACAUGGCAUUCAUAUUGAUGUUCAAUGUGGUGUUCACUUCCGGAGAGUUCGCCGGCAGUACGCUAAGCAUUAUGGCCAGGGAUCCGAUCACAAAAGAGUUCAGAGAACCUUCCAUUUUGGGCGGAACCGGAGCCUUCCGGCUGGCCCGUGGAGCCAUCGUUACACAUACAUAUGCGCUGGACCCGGCCACUCUUAAUGCUGUGGUUGAGUAUAACCUUUUCGUCCUCCACUACUAAGAGAUUUUGAACCUACUCUCCUGAUCUGGAUCCUGCAGCUUUCCAUACUGAACGUGUCAUGAUUCGAUGUUCAUUCACUUUCUUUAGUUUGUUUCUUAGGCUUCGUAUUGACGAUGUGACUUUUUGAUGGGCUAUUUCAUGGCUUCAUCAAAUAUCUAAGGUCAAGUUUUAUAAUUUCUGCAUGUUUGUUUGAAAUUGAAUAAAAAAGAAUGACAUCUACUCAAAAUAAACACGGCAUCUUCUUACAUUAAUUUUUUUUUCCA